AUGGAGAGCAAAAUAAUGAAUGCUCUGGCAGUCAGGACUGAAAAGGUGAAAGUCAUCAUCAUCAAACUUGAGAAUACUGACAAACAAGUCAAUGAUUUGUUAUCCGAGAAAUCAGCUAUGAAAAGCUAUAUCACAGAUGUUCCUAGCAUGCAUUCGGAUAUCAUUGAGACUAGGGACUCAACGGUUACAAUCAGGAAACAUCUAGCUGAAAAACUAAGGCAUGUCUUCGCCAUGCUUCAUCGUUUGGAAGCCAAGCUCAUUGUCAAAGGUGAAUCUGAGCCUAAAGGCAAAGAAAAACUUUUUUCUAAAGAACCUACCAUUGAUCACAGUGAAGACGAAGAGCCUGAUGAAAACGAGCACAAAAGAAGAAAAGCACGUGAAGCUGAAAUGGAUGAGCAUCAAAGGAUAGUACUAGAGGAUGAAGUGAAAUAG